AUGGUGAAACAAGGCGACUCCAUUCCCAACAUUGAUCUCUACGAGGAUUCCCCCGGCAACAAAGUCAACCUCGCCCAAGAACUCAGCUCUGGCAAAGGCCUGAUCAUCGGUGUCCCUGCUGCCUUCUCCCCCUCAUGCUCCGACACUCACAUCCCAGGCUACAUUGCCAAUGACAAGCUGAAGAGUGCUGGAAAGGUCUUUGUGGUCUCUGUGAACGACGCAUUCGUCAUGAAGGCUUGGGCAAAGAGCUUGGACGAGUCAAAGAAGAGUGGCAUUCGAUUCCUCGCUGACCCUUCUGGAGAGUUCACUCGUGCCUGGGAUGUAGAGUUCGACGCUGCUAAGAUCUUGGGCAACAACCGGAGCAAGCGGUAUGCCGUGAUUACUGAGGAUGGCAAAGUCGUCAAGGCUUCUGUCGAGCCCGACAACACUGGAGUCACAAUCUCCGCCGCUGAGAAGAUGUUGUAA